AUGGGCGCGGAGCAGGAGUGCGAGGGGGGAAUGCCUGCCGCCCUCGACCAGCGUGAUCCGCCGGCGGCAGAGGUUCCAGGUCCGGAAUGCCCAGCAGCAGCGUCUGAAGCAUCCGUCUCGUCCGCUCCGUCUGUGGAAGAAGAUAACCGGGCAGCAGCGGAGUCGGCAGACAAGUCCCCAUCAUGUGCGGAAGAGAACGGGGCAGCAGAUACGGCAGAUGGGGCAGAUGGGGCAAACAUAGCUGAAGCGGAGGCCACAGCCUCAUCCCCGACACCGGCGGAAGAAGAGAAGGAUGAUGGCCCCACUGGCCCAGCAGACUCGGGAGCAGCGGAACCGCCAGCGUCAUGCUCGCCUUCUACGGUUGAGGACGCAGGCACAGCAACAGCAACAGCGGACGCGGAAGCUUCGUGCCCGCCACCGUCUGCGGAGGAAGACGGCCCGGCAGCCUCAGCAGCAGCGAAGGCGGCGGUUUCUGCCACUCCUUUUGAGGAAGAGGACGGAGGCCCGGUGGGGGCGGAAGCAGCGGCCUCAUCCCCGCCGCCUGCGGAAGAUGGAGGCCUGGGCUCAGCAACAGCGGAAGUAGCAGCCGCGUCUCCCCCACCUGCGGCAGACGACGACCAACAUGCGGUCGAACUAACGACCAAGCUGUGGGCGGACACGGUAACGCUUGGCACCUUCGACGCACCGAGAAAGGCGGCGGAUCUCUACGCCCCGGACGGCGUUCUCUGGGGCACGGAAGCCUUCGCCUUCGACGACCCCCUCUGGGAGUACGCCUCAGAGCUGGUCCGGAACACCCCGGAACAGAUCUACGCUUACUACGACUACUUCGCCCGGCUGCCCGAGCUCAGGCUGGUGGAGUUCACGGCAGCGCCGGCGCGCGUCCGCGGCGACUUCGCCUCCCAGUCCGGCACCCACACCUUCUCGUGGAGGGGGGCCGGCGGCCAGGAAGAGUAUACGGUGGAGGUACGGGCGCGCUUCAGCCUGACGUUCAGGAGGGACCGUUGCAGCUGCGGGGGUCCCAGUGAGUGGGCGAUCGUGGAGCACUGCACGUUCUCGAUGCCCACCGCCGCCGCCGCCGCCGCCGCUGCCGCCGCCGCCACCCCGCCCUCGGCACGGGUGCUCAAGCACGUGGGGUCCGCCACCGACGUUGUCGUCAAGACCGUCAAGGCCGUUGCCGAAGCCUCGGUGCAGACAGCGCCGUCUUCUCCCGUUGAGGAUGAUGAGGUCACCCCCGAGGCUUCUCCGGCGUUCGUCUGCGUACCCCCCGCGAUGCCGGACUCGUCUUGUGGUACGGGGUACACCGCCGCGACCUCCGCCGCCGACCAGAAGACUUGGAAGGACCUGAACAACCGAGUCUCGAACCUCCUUCUGGAGGAAGAGCGCUCCUUGCGAGCGAAGCAGAUCGCGGACCUGCAGCACCACGCCGACCAGCUCGUCGAGCUACAGAAGCGCGCCGUGGCCGCCAAGGCGAGGGCGGCGGAGCGGGCGGUGGAGCGCGCGGCAGAGAGGAAGGUCCGGGCCAAGCGCGAGGUGGAGCUCGUGAAGCGCGCCGAGAAGGCGAAGUGA